CCAUCUUUCGACUUAGAAGGACGUAUUCCCGCGCAAUGCAUACACGCACACCGCGUAAAGGAAAUAUAAAUAUUAUCAAUUAAAACCUGUGAAAAAACAUCUAAUUCCAAGUGCAUUAUAAGUUUUCAUCAAGUGUCAGUGUGUAUAAGGAUUUUCAGUGAUUGUGAUUUGUGAAACGAAGAACGUAGUUUUUUUGUUGUUGUGACAUAAAUAAUAAAGCAGUGGUGUAGGAUGAGUGCAGGUUGAGGUAAGGGCUGGUGGGGGCGCGAUGAGCGCUCCGGAGCCAUUAGUGCUUCAAGCGCUGCAGGGUUACACCGAACAAAGUGAUAAGUGGCCUGGACCUCGCGCUGUGAAAAUAUAUGUAGCCUCCGUGUACAAUGAUUUCCGUGAGGAGCGCCGCCAGAUUCUCGAACUCGUUGGUCCUGAAUUGCAAUCCACAUACGAUGAUCGAUAUAUCGAGUUCGAGUUUGUGGACAUGCACUACGGGACUGACGGUGGAGAUGAAAGCAAUCCCGCGUUGCUUCGAUACCAUCUCGACGAGAUAAGAUGCUGUAAUAACACCUCGAAAGCCGGAUAUUUUCUUUGUUUCAUCGGCGGUGACGCUUCAACUUAUCAACCAGUCCUUCCGUUCAAGAUCGAUGUUGAUUUAUUCGAACAGUUGGUUAAGUCGGAUUCCACACAAACCGCCCUUCUACGAGCUUGUUACAAAAUUAAUGACGACGGAACUUACCACCUUGACGGCGAUGAGAAAUGGUACAGCGAUUUACAUGAACGGGAGGAACAGCGGAAGAAGCUGUCGACAGUUCAGAAGGUGUUCAAUACGCUAGCGCUAGAAGCGCUGGAAGGUGGUGCUAAUAUCAUCGAUUUACUUAGAAGCCCUGUGGAAAUACAAUGCGAAGUGGCGAUCGAAUUAUUAUCAAACGGAAAACACCCCAAGGGUCUGAUAGCUGUGUUAAGAGACAUUCCAGAUUUGGAGCCUGACGACUCCAAACUAACCGCGCUAGCACAUGAAAGAUUAAAAAAAUUACAAAAAAAGUUAGAAGACCUUUUACCUGAAACACACGUUGUUAGACUUGAAGCCACAUCAGCAGAUUCUUCUCGAACAGAUGUAGCUUCAGAUAAUGAAGAAAAAUUGUCGCCCUUCAGGGAGGGAGUACAGGCUGUGGUAUGUUCGCUGGUCGAUGACAGCCUCAGCACAGAACCUGAUCAGGGCAAAGGCAGGAAAAAGACUGUACAGGAAGUUUUUCUGGAACAUAUUACUCACCUUAGGAUAUGUAUAGAACAUAAUGAACUAUAUAAGGUUACUGUUAAACAAAUUGAAAACGCAGCUAGGACUAUAUUAAAUAAUGCCAAAGAAAACUACGAAAGUCGCUCACGGCAUCCUCCAGUACUGAUAUACGGUCCCGAUGCUUCCGGAAAAAGUUCGCUGUUGACUCAUCUAUAUUUCAAAUUUGAGGAAAUAUUUCCGAAACCCGUCUUGAGGAUAAUACGUUUUUCUGCGUCAACGCCACGAUCGGCUUACAAUCUAGAACUGCUAAGAGUUAUGUGCCAACAAAUAUCUAUUAUCUUGAACAUUCCGGAAGGCUAUCUCCCUAAAGACGCAAGUUUCGAUCCCCUGUACAUAAACAACUGGUUUCAAAGUUUACUGAGACGUUGCGAAGAUAUGGAAAACGAAAUUCUGCUGAUUUUUAUCGACAACGUUCAUAGAGUGAAUCCAUUGGAAUGCGAUAUAGUGACAGGCUUAUCCUGGUUACCAAUGUCUUUACCGAGAAACGUCUUCUUAGUGUGUACUAGUGCAGUGUCUCUGGAACUACUACAAUUAACCCCGGCUCAAAAGGAAAAGUUUAAGGUUCAGAAUUGCUAUUACUUGUUGGACGCGAUAGAUGAUACACCUGAUAAUAACAGCUCCGGUGACUUCAUUGAUGGUGCUUUUGACAAUUUAGAAGUCGUCUUCGGUUCGAAAGCCUUCAGUAAAUUGGCUGGUUACAUAACUUGUUCCGAGUUCGGUCUGACGGAACUCGAACUGUUGGAACUUUUGAUGCCAACUAGCAACAGUGAAGCUGUUAUUACGCUCAAGGAUGCCAACUUCAACUUUUCCACUUUAUGUGUCGCUAAAUAUAUGAUGAAGUCAGUAAUAUCGGAGACCGUGGUGUCGGGUAGGAGCACGGUGCGAUGGCGAGCGGCUGCGGCGAGUGCGCGAGCUCGGCGCCGCUAUGUGCGCGUGCAAAGCGCGCUGCGUGACGCGCAUUCCGACCUCGCCGCGCUGCACUUCGCCAACUUCCUGAACGACGCCGAUGACACUGACACUUCGGAAACUCAGGAACCCGGCAAGUUCAACUCUCAUUCCCAGCGACAUCUAUUCGCAGUCGGUUGCGUUGACGACGAUGCUCUUCUGGACUCCACGCCUUUCCAUUCCGCUAGCAGAACGGCGGCUGCAUUCACGCAGCGACACGUGGAAGAGUCUUGGUUGCAUCUUCUACUCGCCGGUGACUUUUCCAAAUUAAAGGACCUGACUGUCUGUAAUUUUGACUUCUUACUUGCCGCUGUGCAAACAGUAACUAUAUCCUACCUACGUUGUAUUCUUGAACACGUCCGUUGUUAUAUCCUGGAUAGAGACGUGGAACUAGUUUACGGCGCUGUGAGAAAAUCUAGCGACAUUCUCACUAGAGAUCCUAUGCAAUUAGGUGCUCAGAUAAUAGCGUGGCUGCGGCCUGCGGUGGCGCGGCGCGGCGUGCUCGCCACCCUUGUUACAGCCGCCAUGGCGUGGUGUGAUGGCUACGACAAGCCGCUGCUGGUACCACUUAAUGGAUGGCUACAUCCACCAAUAGCAUCAACGGUUCGAGUAGUAUCAGUGGGUGGUUCAACUCCAGGAGCUGGAGUCCGGUUACUACAACUUGCACCAUCAGGACAGCACUUGGUACUGGCACCAUCUGCUGGUGACCCGCAGCUAUGGCACGUGAUGUCUAAUUCGAAAGUGCAUACUUUCAAAGGUCACUCCGGGCGGAUAUUAUGUAUGUGCGUCACGCGCGAAUCUCAGUAUCUAUUAACCGGAUCUGAAGACACGAGCGUCGUUGUGUGGGAUCUCCACACUUUGGCUGUCAAGACGAAAAUCUUAGAGCACAUCGCACCCGUGCUUUGUGUGGCAGCUAUCGUCAAUCGCUCCCUGGUUAUCAGCGGCGGUGAAGAUUCAGCCGUAAUCGUGACGUCAUUAGUCGACGGGGCCUUGGUAACGAAACUUGAUCACCAUCGAGGACCGGUAACAGCUGUUAAAGUAAUCCAAGAUGGUGACAUCUUGGUCACGUGUUCACAAGAUGGCACCGUAUGCACGUGGAAUGUGGACAACUUCACCCUACUCAGCACUGUCUCAGCUGGCGUUCCGAUACACGCAAUGGAAGUUACGGAAGAUAAUGUAUUCCUGAUUACACUUCAAGGCGAAAAUGAACUCCAUAUACGAACGUUUAUAACAGGAACACAUUUACAUGUGCUGAAGAGACAUAAGGCUAAGGUGAAAUGUUUCUGCGUGGGGCACGAUUCCUCAAGAGCUGCUGUUGGUUGCGCUGAUCAACGAAUAUACGUGUACAGCUUGCAUAGCGCACAGCUGCUUCGAACAUUAGCAGCUGCUCAUGAUUUAUCUGCUCUCGCUAUUGCUGAUAAAGAUCAUUUCCUACUAGCUGCUGGUGGCAAUAGAGUCACUAUAUAUUCAUUCCACACGGAAGAUAACUUGACUAACUUUAGGCCUACCAAGCAGUUGAAAAGACGGCAAACAAAAUCAACGACGAAUAUCACCAUGCUACAGGCGGAACAAAGUGAACUGAUCCCAAUCAGCUGUUUAGAAGUUUCUCGCGACGGACAACUCGCAGCCAGCGGGUGUGCUCGAGGAUUAGUAAGAGUCUGGCAACUUUCCACACAUCGUCUUCAAACCACGCUUAGCGGACAUAUGGGACACAUCACGUGCGUCACAUUCAGUCCCAAUAACCUCAUGGUAUUGAGCGGCUCCGAGGAUAGAACAGUGGUCGUGUGGCAAUUAGCAGAUAACUCUCCAUCUUUAACGUAUAAGGGUCACCAAUCUGCUCUGCAAAUAUUAUUGAUGAUGUCAGACGGUCGACGAGCGCUAUCAGGUGACCGUGCGCGACGCGUACACGUAUGGAUCGUGGACUCUGGCAUCGUCCUGCAUUCCGUGACCUGCCCCUCUACUAGCAUUGACGUAACGUUGAAUAUGAAGUAUGCGAUAUUAUCUGAUGGUGACAACUCAGUACGUAUCUGGGCACUGGCCGAAGGGGACAGUGGCGAUGAGAAGCGUUCAGUGUCCCACGCGGAGCGAGUAACCUGCUUCGCUCUGACAGCCGACUCAAAACACGUCGUAACUGGCUCCAUGGACAUGUCGCUUAAAGUUUGGCAGCUCGAUGGCGGGAAACUGUCACAAGUCCUCGUCGGUCACUCGGACAUAGUGACGUGUGUCGCCGUCUCAAUUACGAACAAAACUCAAGUCGUGUCUGGUUCAUGGGAUUACAAUCUGAUCGUCUGGGAUAUUAAUACUGGAUCAGACGUCCACCUCCUCUCUGGUCAUUUGGGGAAAGUGACGUGUGUCAAGGUCACUGGAGAUGGAUCAAUUGCCGUUUCGGGUGCGGAAGACAAGACCCUUAUUAUUUGGGAGACAAAAAGAGGUCUCGCUCUCACCUCACUCUCCCUUCACGUCCCUCUAUUGGGCUUCCAGAUAACAAGUGAUUGUUCUCGUAUCGUCGUACACCUGUUAGACAGAGGUUGCUUGCCAAUCAUCUGCCUCCAUAAUACGCCCGCUACUUACGUUAAAAUACCUACCUACGCCGCGCCCACCAAAGACGUUGAUGAACUGCGACCAUUAGCACCGAAACGUCCGAUGAGAAGACUUCUCAAGAAGGAAGUAUCAUUAGACACAUACACGUGGCAGAAGAAAUACGGGCACCUGACAUCGGCCGCCAUGAUGGCGCAAGUGGACGAACGUUUGAAGCGACGAUUUUCUGUAUCCGCAUCUAUGGAAGAGAUAUCGAAAAUUCAAGAGGCGAAAAAUAAAGAUUUAGGUUCACAGGUGAGCCUCGGCCCUGAACAGGCAGCGAUCGCCCAAUCACAGCAUUUCGAUCAGCUCGAAGCUCUCUGGAAUAAAAUAUCCCCUCCGAGGCGACGGUCGAAUAAGUCACUAUCAAAACAAAGUUCGCUGAUUGAGAGGCUCGAUUCCUCUGAUGAAGAUCACACUCCGGUGGAAGAACAAGAGCAUAUGGUGGAGUAAUCUAGGCUUUAUCGAAUUAGCGUAAUUCGUCAUUAGUAUCAUUAGAUUUUAUCUUAGAUUAACUUUUUAAUGAGCUGGUCUCAAUUUGUUUUGCUCUAUUUAAUUAUCUGUUACUAAUUAAAUAAUAUUAUUAUUUAAGUUACACAUUAUACAUAAUAUAAAUAAUAACCAAUCUUAUUAUUUUUUUUUUGAUUAUUCAAUUAAUUCAAUUAAAGUUUUAUAUAACUUAGUUUUAUUAAACCUAAAUUACAGAACUUUCAACCUAUAAGUUACACUGAUUGUCCCUUGCGGGUUAAUUUGUGGGCAGAGACGUAACACAAAAUUUCCGUAUUGUAUAAUUCAAUCCAAUAGUAAAUUUUGACCUUGCAACCUUAGAUAAAAAUAAAAAUAAUAAUACAA